ACAGGCUGGCUGCAAUCGACAAGAAGCCGUCCAUUGUGGAGUGUUUCCCUUUUGCUUUGCUCUCCAAGUCUUGGUGUGUACUUCCGAUUGCAAGUGUAUGUAACCAUGGCAAGCCCCACGAAGGCAGCGUCCCUGUCGAUUCCUGAGGCAGAAGAUGAGGAAGAAGUCCCCUCCGCGUAUUUGUGCCCCAUCUCGCUGCAGAUCAUGAGCCAUCCGGUGACGGAUCCCUCCAGUGGGCAUUCCUUUGAGAGUGCUACUAUUAUGGAAUGGUUGGACCGUGGCAAGCAAACAAACCCGUUCACUCGAAGGCCUCUACGGUCAUGGGAACUCGUCCAAAACAAAGAGCUUCGCCAAGAGAUUCUCAUCUGGAAAAAGGAUCACGGGUAUUCGGUGACAGAGAAGCAAUCUGCAGAAGGCGACCAUGUCCCCUGGUACCGUCGAAAACCGUCUCCUGACACGACACCACCACCACCACCACUUUUGGCAACGUCCAUUCCCACGGCUGCAGGCAAUUCCUUUAUGCAGCGUCUGAUUGAAGCGCAGCGUCGAGAUGCCGAGUUUCGGAAACGACUCAACAUGGCAGUGAGCUACAGCUACAGCAACAAUCGUCGUCAUUUUCGAUAAUUGGAUCUGAAAGCGUCAGAUUGUUGUUGGUUUAUUGGCAGAGAAAAAUUGGGGUCUACAUCAACUACUUCAUGCUAUUGCCAGAGCCAAACGAUUUGGCUGCCCAGGCCUCGACAAACCACCAAGGACAGGGCCGAAUAAAUGGAAGGAGUUGAUGAAUAUGCCUAUGUAAAAUAGAUGUAACGCUAAG